AGAGAAUAAAAUAGCCGCUUCUUUCGGGGCGAGGGUCAUAUCCUCAGUAAACCGAGCCAUUCCGUCCAGCUGUUACCCUCAAACGGGUCUUGGGGUCGUGAUUUCUCUCUAGGAACCUCGGAAGAUCUGGCAACACUGCCCUUCUCUGGUGCAGAAAGCCAAAUUUCCCCCAGUGAACUAGGAAGAUUGCUGGCUUUCCCAGUCGUCUGGGUAAUCUGAGGGCAGGACCUGUACUAGACGUGAGGGCUAGACUGGUGGCCAAAGCCUCUCCUGACCUCCCGACCCUCGCUCGACUCGCGCUGCACAUUCCCUCCGGGGGGGGGGAGGAAGGGCGGUGCAGUCACGCGCACAUCUCACUUGCGUUCACACACGCGUAAGGCUCACAUACUCCGCCCCGCACACCUGCGCUCCGCCCCUUGGUCCCAGGCCCGCAACGCGAGUAGGCAUUUGGGAACCCAGGACGGUUUCGGAGGUGCCCCCAUCCCCGCCCCCAUCCCCUCCAUUUCCCUGGCCGGAGUGGUCCGGAGCCUGUCGCGGUUCCCAACUGGCCCACAUCAUUCCCUCCCCCCGUCUGCCGCGGCACCGGUAUCCGCAGCCACCAGCCCGGAACCGGUGAGGCGGCAAAGGGGGGAGGGGGAAGAAGCAAGGGAUGAGCUCCGGGAGGGCGUCGGGGGCCCUGAGCCGGACGAGGACGCCCCUGGAGCCGGGACCCGAGCCGGAGCCGGAGCCGGAGACAGAACCAAACCACCGGUACCGGCUGAAGACGAUGACGUGAAUGAGGACACAGUAGAGCGGAUUGUUCGCUGCAUCAUCCAAAAUGAAGCCAAUGCUGAGGCCUUGAAGGAGAUGCUAGGGGACAGUGAAGGAGAAGGGACGGUACAGCUCUCCAGUGUGGAUGCCACCUCCAGCCUGCAGGAUGGAGCCCCUUCUCAUCAUCACACAGUACACCUUGGCUCUGCAGCUCCUUGCAUCCACUGCAGCCGCAGCAAGAGGCCCCCACUUGUCCGCCAGGGUCGCUCUAAGGAAGGAAAAGGCCGCCCAAGACCUGGAGAGACCACUGUAUUCUCAGUGGGCAGAUUCCGAGUGACACACAUUGAGAAGCGCUAUGGCCUUCAUGAACACCGUGAUGGUUCCCCUACAGACAGAAGCUGGGGCUCUGGUGGAGGACAGGAACCAGGGGUUAGUCAGGUGGCUGGAGGGCAGCCUAGGACAGGGACAGCUGCCAUUGAGAGGCUGCUCCCUGAGCCACCACCCUCCCAGGCCGCAGCCACCCACCCAGUGCAGAAUGGAAGACUCAAGGAUGCCAGCCUAGUCCCUUGUACACUUGAGGGGACCCCUGGUACCUCUGCAGAACUGAACGUGGGCACUAGAGGGACAGGCCCAAGCCCAGGGCUGCCUAGUCAAGAAGCAAAUGGACAGCCAACCAAACUGGACACCUCAGGUCAGCAGGACUCUCUACCACCAGAAGCAGGGGGUAUGUGAGGCGAGUCUCCCUGAGCUCGAGAUCAGCCUCAGUCUUCACUGUGCUGAUGGAUUACCAGCAGGCAUUGCCAGGGGACAGCCAGCCAGGAAGACUCUCCCCUCCGCUGGCCAGCUCUGCCGCUCAGCUGAGGGACCAGCUCUACUUCAUCUGGAGAUGGUCCUGACUGAGGGACCUCAGGAGGAGCCCCUCGCACUUCCUGGCCCCUCAUCUUUUCCCUUUCCCCACCUGCCAACAGGUUGCCUGGCCUGCCUUCCCCAAAACCUCGCUCCACAUGCUAGAGCGUGGCAGCUGGGACCAGGCCCUACCCUCGGUGGGCCCCUAAAGCAAUAGCACCUUAGGCUCCCUGCCGUCUUGGCACAAGAGGCCCAAGCCCUGUCUUGGACUUCAUACCCUUUAUUCACUGUCAAUAAAUCCGCUCAGACCAUUACA